AUGGCCGACUACUCAUGCGCAAACCCUCUCCUCCUAAGAUGGAUCAAAGAAUGGCUGGAUGAGGCUCGAGAACGAAGCUCAAAGGGGUUCACUGUGUAUAAGAAGGCCUAUGAUUCUAUGAAGGCAUGCCCGCUAACCUUCAGCCACCCUUUAGAAGCGCAGCAGUUGAAUGGCCUUGGGCCGAAACUAUGCGAGCGCCUAACAGUCAAGCUACAAGAUUACUGCCGGGAUAAUGGGCUUCCUAUGCCCGAGGUUCCACAUACCGUAGAGAAGGCGAAGGGCAAGAGAAAGACUCCUGAGGUCGGUGGAUGCCCAGAAGUUCUACCAACGAAGCGGGCAAGGAAGCCCAGGACUUAUAUCCCUACACUCCGCUCUGGUCCCUACGCGUUAUUGCUGGCGCUCGCGACUCUCGAAGAGAAGUCAUCUAUCGGCGCGACAAAGGCGCAGCUAAUAGAAGCGGCUCAGCCGCACUGCGACACAUCUUUCACCGCUCCGUCCGAUCCGACAAAGUUUUAUACCGCGUGGAAUUCUAUGAAAACUCUCGUGACAAAGGAUCUUGUUUACGAGCACGGUCGGCCAUUGAAAAGAUAUCUUCUAACGGACCAAGGCAGGGAAACUGCAAGAUUAAUUCAGAAUACUCAGAAAUCAGAAAAUAUUGGCCCAGGGCCUGGUAAUUCCGUCGCCAGUAGCCGCCGAUUCGGCCAGGAAAUCGUCAACGCAACUCAAGACUCGCUCCGAGAACCACAGCAUGGGAUGCUCCUGUAUUCAUCGAAAUCUCGUGAAAACGCGCCGUAUUUCCAGCUCUCAAACAUAAUUGACCUGGAUAAUUUUAAUGAUAUCCCAGACGUAUCUAGUGCUGGACAAUACAAGCGGACUACGGCUGGUGCCGGGCUGAGCGGUUCCAAUAGACCGCAACAUAUACCAUCCUUUACUUCUACUUCGCCAAUUCCCCUUUCGUCGCAAAAUUUUACCGUUGAGCUGGUCCUUGAUGUUCGAGAAAUUCGUACCCCCAGGGACAGAGAUUACAUUUCCAAUGAGCUGAUUAGAAGAGGCGUGGAACCUAUCGUCCGCUCCCUGGAAUUGGGAGACGCCUUGUGGGUCGCCAAGUUCAAAGAUCCAAAUUUCUUAGCACAAUAUGGCGAAGAAGGCGACGAGAUCAUGCUAGACUGGAUUGUCGAGAGAAAGCGCCUCGAUGACCUUGUUAGCAGUAUCAGGGAUGGCCGAUUUCACGAGCAGAAGUUUCGCUUGCGUCGAUCAGGGGUCAAGAACGUGAUAUACCUAGUCGAGGAAUUUGUCGUGGGUGACCCUUCAAACGCGAGCGCGGCCAGUGUCCAUGAAGCCGUCACAUCAGCCAUAGCUUCGACGCAGGUUGUGAAUGGAUAUUUCGUCAAAAAGACACGUAACCUAGACGACACGAUCAGAUACCUUGCGCGAAUGACGUCGCUGCUGAGAAAAAUGUUCAGCGAUCCAUGUGACACCAGCAAUUCUUCAGGCUUUACACAUUCUUCCAUUUCCCUCAUUCCGACGCAUGGUAUAACUACGGCCUCAUCUUAUCUCGAAACGCUUGGCCGCCUACGCGCAAAGGAAGAUGAAGCUGUACGUGUCAGCGUAGGUGGAAACACGUCGACGAUAUAUGGCCUUACCUUUCCAACCUUCUCCGCUCUCUCUUCUAAAUCCGAUAUGUUGACUCUCCGUGACCUAUUUCUCAAAAUGCUUAUGUGCACCCGCGGUGUGACCGGCGAGAAAGCGUUGGAGAUUCAACGGCGGUGGCCAACUCCACGGCAGUUUGUUGAAGCGUUUGAGGCUGUGGAUACCGGCGAUGCGGAAGGUAAGAAGAGAGUGGAGGAAAUGCUAUUUUCAAAGAUGGGAAACCUAGUUGGGAGGAAGAAAGUGGGAAAAGCUUUGAGUAAGAGGAUCUCGGAGGUUUGGGCGCGACAGAAAUAA